AUGCAGAUUGGAGGCGUGGACACCUACGUGGCCACACCGGACAAGACGAAGUCAAACGGACAUGUUCUGUUGUUCUUCCCAAAUGCCUUUGGCUUGCACAUCAAUGACUUUCUUACAAUGGAUGCGUUUGCCGCUUGCGGGUAUCUGACAUUGGGCGUCGAUUAUUUCGCCGGGGACCCCAUUUGGAAGCAUUCCCAGAGCCCGUUGAACGAUCCGACCUUUGACUUCCAGAGUUGGAAGAACAAGCACAUGGAAUUCACCGACCGCAUUGCUGCUAAGUGGGUAAAGGACGUCGAAGCAGAGUAUGGAUGA